AUGUCCUGUUACAAUCAAUCAAGAGGUGUCUCUUUUUUUUUCCUAAUGGGGAUUCCAGGCCUAGAAAGUGCCCAGUUUUGGAUUGCCUUCCCCUUCUGCUCCAUAUAUUUGGUGUCUUUGGUGGGGAACAUCACCAUCCUUUUUGUGGUCAGAAGGGAACCUAGCCUUCACUUGCCCAUGUAUUAUUUCCUUUGCAUGUUAGCUGUCCUUGACUUGAUACUGACCACCUCCACUGUGCCCAAGAUCCUGGGUAUCUUCUGGUUCCACUCCCAUACAAUUGGCUUCAAAGCUUGUGUGAUCCAGAUGUUCUUCAUUCAUGGCUUCUCAGCUGUGGAGUCAGGUGUGCUGCUCGCCAUGGCCUUUGAUCGCUUUGUAGCGAUCUGUGCCCCCUUGCGUUACACUACCAUCCUCACCAGUUCUGUCAUUGCUAAGAUUGGAUGUGCAGCCUUCAUGAGGGGCAUUGGGUUCAUGACCCCCUUGACCUGCAUGGUGAGCCAUCUCCCAUAUUGUGGGCCUAAUGUCAUUGCCCAUUCUUACUGUGAGCACAUGGCUGUGGUAAAGCUGGCCUGUGGAAAUACAACACCCAACAAUAUAUAUGGGAUCACAGCAGCCACCUUGGUGGUGGGCUCAGAUUCAAUCUUCAUUGCUAUCUCCUAUGUGCUCAUUCUCAGAACAGUCCAGGGACUUUCCUCUAAAGAAGCCCGGCAGAAAUCCUUUAGCACUUGUGGCUCCCACAUCUGUGUCAUCCUGAUCUUCUACACGCCUGCCCUUUUCUCCUUUUACACUCAGCGCUGGGGACACAAUAUUCCUGCACAUAUCCAUAUCUUGUUGGCUGAUAUAUAUAUUCUGGUGCCCCCCAUGCUGAAUCCCAUUAUCUAUGGCAUGAAAACCAAGCAACUCCGCCAGCAAAUGCUAAAGCCAUUCUUUGCAACACGAUUUGAGUCUUGA